AUGCGGGGUUCGUCCGCGACGGCGAACAGGUGGCUUGAGCGCGACGGUGUUGCGGCGGCCGAGUGUGCAGAGAUCUUGAGGCGAGAUGAGCGCUGCAACAGUUACGGCUGGGCGGAGGAGGAGGCUAUGAAGACGAAGAUUGGGGGCUCGGCGCGGCGGCGCUCGGCGGAGGCGGUGGCGGUGGCGCCGUUGAGGGCGGCGAUGCCGAGCUUUUGCGGAAAGUUACCUUUUGCCGUUUUCAUUGUUCAAACCGACCUGCGCUCUAUUAUCAACGUGGACGUGGCUCUAGCAGUGGGGUGGUCGGCUAAUAGGAACCAUCCUGUUGGAAGCCAGGCCAUCCUGGAGCUCACAGUAGGUGAAGAUUUGGUAUUGAAAGAUGCCGAUGGUUUCGUCGCAUGGUCAACCCAAACUUAUGCUAAGUCUGUUGCUGGUAUCAAGUUGACAAACACUGGAAACCUGGUGCUGUUCGAUGAGAACAACACUGCGGUGUGGGAGUCCUUCAAUGACCCUAAGGACACGCUACUCCCAGGACAGAAAUUGAGGUACUUGAAGUUCAAAUCUGAAGGGCAUCUGAGUGUGUAUCAGCUGCAUCAAAAUGGGUGGAGUAUUACACGUGAUACUCUAACAGACUUCCUUGGGAGGUGCGGUUAUCCGAUGGUUUGUGGGCAUUAUGGAAUCUGUCAUGCAGAUGGACAGUGUAGGUGCCCGGAUGGCUUCUUCAAGCCAAUAGAUAGUUUGAAUCCUCAGUUCGGGUGCUCCGAAGUGAUUCCUUUGUCUUGUGAAGAUUCGCACUUUCAAAGCUUUUGGAGAUGCCCAUUUAGAACCAAAGGUGUUCAUGAGGUCGAAGAGGAGAAAGGUGUCUAUGAGGCCGAAGAGGACUAUCUUGAUCAAAUACCCGGAGCACCUAGGAGAUUCAACUAUGAUGACUUAAAAGCCAUUAUCGAGGAUUUUAAUAAGAGGCUCGGUGAGGGUGGAUUUGGCUCUGUUUAUCAAGGGACUCUAUCUAACGGCGCCAAAGUCACCGCGAAGCACCCCAAAGGUUUAAGCCAAACUAAGAAAUCUUUUCUUGCUGAGGUUGAGAUCAUUGGCAAUAUCCAACAUCUGAACUUGGUACAGUUUGUUGGAUUUUGUGGUGAGAAGUUUCACAGGCUGCUUGUCUAUAAAUACAUGUCUAAAAAGUCCCUAGGUAAAUGGAUCUUUCAUAAAUCAGAUGAGUUGUGCUUGAUUGGCAACAAAGGAGGAAGAUCAUUUGUGACAUAUCAUAGGGUCUGUUAUCUCCACGCACAAUGUAUUAGGAAAAUCGUCCACAUGGAUAUUAAGCCCCAAAAUAUACUCUUGGAUGACAAAUUUAAUGCUAAGGCUGCAGAUUUUGGUUUGUCUAAGCUAAUUGAUGGGGACCAAACCCAAAUUGUGGCCACAAUGUGGGGAACUCAAGGCUAUUUGGCCCCGGAAUGGCUACAUGCAUCAAUUACUGAGAAAGUGGACGUCUAUAGUUUCAGUGUUGUAAUUCUAGAGAUAGUCUGUGGAAGAAAAAUUGUCAAGGAAUCUCAGAAUCAAGAAGAUAUGUACUUGUUAGAAGUUUUUUUAAGAGAAAAAGCGAAGAAGGACAACUGUCGGAUAUGA